AUGAGUGACACUCUUAGACCCCCUUCGUUCCAGGUGAGCAUCCCAAGCGAUGCUCCGGCAUACUCAGACGGAGGACGCAAUGCAGUAUCAGAUGGCUCAGUGCGUUCCAGCUCCUCAACACCGACCCUCAGACGCAAGCGCUUCAAAAUGCGCCGCAUGAGGAACGUACCCAGCGAAAGGGACAUGGAAAGGGGGCGACUAACCAUUGGUCAACUCACGGCCCGAUCACGCUCCAGCUCCAAGGAAUACCUCCAGCUGCCUUCCAUUGAGAUCACGCCAUCCAGCGAUGAAGACGCUCCCUCUUCUUGGUCGAGCUGCUCCACGCCCAGCGCCUCUCCGCGACGAAAGCGUUUCCUGUUGAGGAAGUGGCUGAAGGUCCGACAGAAGAAGGAGCAAGCCAGUGAGAGCAGCAGCCAGCAGAGCAGUCAGCAAAGCAGCCAGCAGAGCAGCCAUGAAGAUGACAGCACUCGCUUCUUGACUCCGUUAAUCCGAGAGGAGAGGUCUGACAGUGCAGCGGACAAAAUCAGCCACCGCAUCGCUGAUUCUGCUCCUCACAGAGGCGGUGCGACACUUUGGUUGAGGACCGCGAAUGCAUACCUGCAGCUCAUAGCGCAGACAGAGGAUGAGGAGGAAAGGCAGAGAGAGUGA